AUGGUUACAACGAAAGUGUAUACGUGCGUGUCUUACGCAGGCGGCUUUGUGAAUUGAUGUUCUGUGUUUGGGACGCAUUUCUGCCCUUUUUGUGCAUUUUGCCACAAGUAAGGUAAAAGGUGAGUUUAUAGAAGUAUUAUUUCUGUGUCGACACGUUUCCGAGGCGUCGUUUUAAAGGGACACUGCGUUCAAAAUGACUCGCACUGAGUUAGUGGACUGUGCCGAUUGGAAAUAAUACCUGUGGGGUUACCAAGGUGGUGACGACGCAUCGGGAGGGGAAACAGCAAAUAGCAGUAAAAGCGAGAAGCUUUGCGGACGUUUGAUGGACUCACUACUGACAUAAAGACAGAUUCUGGACCUGUGUGCCUCUCAGACGUUGAAAACGGUUACGUCUCCGUGACAGUUUUCAGCUGCCAUAAUGGAGAAAUACGAAAAGCUGUCCAAAAUUGGUGAGGGUUCCUACGGUGUGGUGUUCAAAUGCAGGCACAGAGAUACUGGCCAAAUAGUCGCCAUCAAGAAGUUUGUGGAGUCUGAAGACGAUCCAGUUAUUAAGAAGAUUGCAUUGCGAGAAAUACGUAUGCUGAAGCAACUCAAACACGUGAAUUUGGUCAACCUGCUCGAGGUGUUCAGGAGGAAAAGGCGACUCCACUUGGUGUUUGAGUUCUGUGAACAGACAGUCCUAAAUGAGCUUGACAAACAUCCCCGAGGGGUACCUGAGGCUCAGCUGAAAAGUAUAGUAUGGCAGACUCUGCAGGCUGUCAGCUUCUGCCACAAACACAAUUGCAUUCACCGUGAUGUAAAGCCAGAGAACAUCCUCCUCACUAAAACCGGAGUCAUCAAGCUUUGUGACUUUGGCUUCGCCCGUAUUCUGACGGGACCAGAGGAUGACUAUACAGACUAUGUAGCAACCCGCUGGUACCGGGCUCCUGAGCUGCUGGUCGGGGAUACUCAGUACGGGCCUCCUGUUGACGUGUGGGCUUUGGGCUGUGUCUUUGCCGAGCUCCUCAAUGGGAACCCACUUUGGCCCGGGAAGUCUGACGUUGACCAGCUCUACCUCAUCAGGAAAACUCUGGGUGACCUGAUCCCCCAUCACCAGCAGGUCUUCCGCUCCAAUGUUUUCUUCAGUGGAGUUAGCAUUCCUGAGCCUGAUACAAUGGAACCUUUGGAAAAGCGCUUCCAUGGAGUGUCUCCCCAUGCCCUUCAGGUUAUGAAGUCAUCCCUGGUGAUGGAUCCUUCUUUGCGCCUGUCCUGUGAAGAGCUGCUAGAGCUGCCUUACUUCCAGGAGGAAGGAGGACUCAACUAUGGCCGUGAGGGGGAGCGCCUAGGAAGACGACAUGACAGAGGCUCCCGCCGCAGACAGGCUGGGGCUCAGUACCUCCCUCAGUUACUAAACAGUAACAUCUCACCUGCACCAGAAGUCAAGAAACAAGUGAAGCAAAAAUAUCACCUGCCCAACAUAUAAUAAAUAAAUUCAUCUAGUGUUUAGUGGCUGAAA